UUGAUGGGAGAACCAUUGCCGGCCUAUCAGUAAUUCGAUAUAAUAUAGAAACCAUUGCCGGCCUUUUACCACCUAUCAAAGUUAGAAAUCUACUGUGAUUUAUUUCAUUAAAAUUCGUCAAGUUGAUAAAAACAAAAAACAAUGCAUUGCCAGCCCAUGACACCUACAUAGUCAUGCUCUCCAUUUCUCAUAUUUAAUUAUAGAUCAGAAGGGGCAACAAGAAUUCAAGAUAUUUUUUUGUAUUCCUUCACAGAUUUGAGUUUGUGAAAUGAGUUUUCUUGUAAAAGUUGGGGAAAAGGUAAAUCAGAAAUGGUUGAUGGCACAGUUGGUUUUUUGGCUGAGAACUUCACAAGGCUUCUCACAGACGAGGUAAAGUUGUUUCGUGGUGUGGAGAAACAAGUCAGGUCACUCCAAAGUGAGCUCAAAAUGACAAUAUCUUCCUCAAAACUUCGGAAGAAAAACGAAAUAAGAACGACAUACCGAAAGAGGUUGUCAAUCAAAUAAGGGAUGCUGCUCAUGAGGCUGAGAGGACGUUAUAGACAUGUGCAUCGUUGAAGUCAUAAAACAAAGAAGGAGAAACUUCAUAGGAGAGUUCAUCCAUAGUUUCGACCAUGCAAAUAUGCUUCACCAUGCUGCAAGCAAUAUAACAAACAUCAAAAACAUAAUCAGAGAAAUUUACAACAACAGAAACAUGUAUGGAAUUGAAGAAGAAGCUGAAGCCAGCAGUGGAGAUGCAGAGCAGGCAUAUCAAUUGCUUGAAAGACGUAGGAGAUAUCUUGAGGAAGAUGAUGUUGUUGGAUACGUUGAUGACACAGAAACGUUGGCAAAGAAGCUUAUACAAGGUACUCCACAACGUGAUGUAAUUUCAAUCAUCGGUAUGGGUGGCUUAGGUAAGAGCACGCUUGCCAAAAAAGUCUAUAACAAUAGUAAUGUCAAGAAUCACUUUCGUUGUCAAGCAUGGGUUUAUGUAUCUCAAGAAUACAAAAUAAGAGAAUUGUUGCUUAGCAUACUAAAGUGUUUGAUACCAAUAUCAGAAGAAAUUUAUGAAAUGCCAGAUGAAGAACUGAAAAGAACACUAUGUGAGAAUUUGAAAGGAAAGAGGUACCUUUUAGUCAUGGAUGAUAUCUGGAAAACACAGGUGUGGGAUGAGAUAAAAGAUUCUUUUCCUAAUGAAUUAACUGGAAGUAGAAUUCUGAUUACCAGCCGUAUAAAAGAAGUGGCCAUGUAUGCUAGCAAAAAUGAUCCUCACUUUCUUCGGCUUCUAAAUGAAAAUGAAAGUUGGGAACUUUUCUGUAAGAAGAUGUUUCGAGGAGAAAGCUGCCCUUCUAAUUUGGAAGAACUUGGGAAACAAAUUGUAAGAUGUUGUAAAGGUUUACCAUUGUCUAUUAUUGUAUUGGGAGGCAUUCUAGCACUUAAAGAGAAGUCAUAUUUUACAUGGUCAAAAUGGCUUUGUCGUGACAAUCUUAUCCAGGAUAAAACUCAAUGUUUAGACAUUCUAGGUCUAAGCUACAUCGACUUGCCACGAUACUUGAGAUCAUGCUUUUUGAAUGUCGGUGUGUUUCCAGAAGACUAUGAGAUCUCUGCGAGGCAGUUAACCAAAUUAGGGAUAGCAGAGGGAUUUAUACAAGGAACUUGCAAUAGAGAAGAAGAGGAUGUUGCAGAAGACUACUUGGAGGAGCUCAUUGAUCGAAGCUUAAUCCAAGUGGCAAGCAGAAGAUCAGAUGGAGGUGUAAAGACAUGUCGUAUCCAUGAUCUUUUACGUGAUUUCUGCAUUAAGGAAGGUGCUCAGCAGAAGUUUCUUGUUGUUCAUUCAAAUCCUAAACAUUCAUUAACCAACAAACCCCGAAGAGUUUCCAUCCUGUGUGAGACUUCUCAAUGCCUUUCCCUGGACCAUUGGGAUCCAUCAUGUGCCCGUUCAUUGCUUCUCUUUAACAGCCAAUUGAACUUCGACACAAACCACUGGAGAUGGAUUUACAAAGGCUUCAAGCUGAUUCGAGCUUUGUAUCUUAAGAAAUUGGUUUCUUCAAUUCCAAAACAACUUGGAAAGUUGAUCCAUCUAAGGUACUUGAUGAUAGAUGGGGAUAAAUAUGAUCGUCUGAAUGCUAUUCCAGCUUCCAUAUGUAAGCUUCCAUUUCUACAAACAAUUGACAUAAAAUUCUGUGUCAUCAACUGGCUUCCAAAAGACAUAUGGAGGAUGAAACAGCUAAGAUAUCUGAAAAUCUCCAAAGGAAUACGCUUGCCUGUCCCCCGGAUAACAAUGUAUGAAAGUACUCUAAGUAACCUCCAAGUCCUAUCCAGGCUAGUUGUUACUUCCCAAACUGUCUCUCUCGUGACCAAAUGCAGAUUCCCAAAUGUAAGGAAAUUGAAUUUAGGACAUGAUGAUAAUAAUCUGAGUGAAGAUAAGCAGAAAGCAUUAUUGGCAAGCCUUGAAAAAUUACAAAGCCUUGAAACUCUGAAAAUCAGUGGGUUCAGAAUAGUGCAGCCACAUUUUGAUAUAUUCCCAUCAAAUCCUACCAAGAUAAGCAUCGACCAGUGUUACUUGGAUAGAGACCACAUGAGAAUGUUAGGAAGACUUACCAACCUUAGAGUCCUGAAGAUAACAAUGGCAGGACCUAUGUCCAUCAGUUGCAUUUCAGGUGAAUUUCCUCAGCUGGAAGUGUUUCAAAUGGUUCAUGUGGAUAUUCCAGUCUGGGCAAUGGAAAGUGGUUCGAUGCCAAACCUUCAGCGUUUGGUGAUAAAGGGAUGCAAAGACUUGAGAUAUCUGCCACAGGAACUCUGUUGCAUAACUACUCUGCGACUGGUAGAGGUUUCACAGGUAUCUGCAGAAUUGAUAACUAGCAUCAGGAAAUAGAAUCUGAACACUGCAUGUAAACUCCUUAUCACUACAACAAGCAUCUGAAAUGUGCUGCCAAGGUUCUCUCUUUAAUUUUUUGUUUCAAUAUGAGUUUUCGUGAUGUAUCUACAUGUUAACUGUUGUUAAUCCAACACCUUAUGCAUGUGAUGAAUAAGUUUCAAAAAAUUUGGAAAGAAGAAAUCUUAUUCUUCGUGAACAAUGUUUUGGUGUUGUAAUAUGAACAUUAUCUAUGCAAAUCUUUUAUUUCUUCAGACAAAAGGCUGAAAUUUCAUUAAUAACGAAGAGAAGUUACAUCUUCAGUAUAGAGUCUAUACAGAACUAAAGGAAGAGCAGACUCCAAAGAAGGAGAUCCAAUUAGCAACCUUAU